AUGGAUAAUAUAAUCUGUGAUAUUGUUCCUUCUAUUCAUAGUGAAAAUAAACUUGUUAUUAAGGGUCAUCUUAUAGUUAAAGAUAGAUUCUUAAUUAAAUUUGAUAGAGGUCAGCAUAAUUUGAAAAAAGUAUCAGGUCAUAAUCAUGCUACACAAGUAGCUCAAGCAGAUAUUAUAAGAGCAAUUUCUAACAUUAAAGAACAAGUACAUCAAACCUAUGAUAAACCUGCUCAAAUUAUUCAAAAUACAACUUCUACACUUCAACAGACAAUUCAGCAAAUUCAUUAUUCAGAUUUUCUAGCAGAAUCUCAGUUUAUAGAUGACCUUGUUAUUCUAGAUAAUUUAAAGAAAACCUUAGAUAGAAUAGACUUUUUGGUAAAAGAUUCUGUU